CUCCGGUGAGUAAGUGCAUUUGUUUUCGUGACACUUCCGAGGAAAAAACGUUACCGGUGACCGUGUGGGCGCUGGGCGUGAGCCAGACUGGCUGAAGUGACAGGAGAAACGUGCUGAGAUAAACAUCCGGUGGAGUCGGACCUCUGUGCAGGUUCACGCAGCCGUCGGCAGGGUGGAGCUUCCUGACCCAUGGAGAAUUAUUUCCAGGCCGAGGCCUUCAACCUGGACAAGGUCCUGGACGAGUUUGAGCAGAAUGAAGAUGAGGUGGACACACCAAUUCUCUCUGAUGCCAAGUGGACUCAGAUCCUGGCCCCCCCAGCCCACCUGCUCUCUCUGAACCCCGCCCUGGCCCACGCAGACCUCAGCCCCCGGGAGAGUCCGCUACCCUUCAAGACUCUCUCUGACUCCUCCUCCACUGCCUCCCCGGGGGGCGAACCAAAGAGACACCCGGGACCUGAACUCCCGUCUUGGGUGGACGAGAGACCGGCAGAUGUUUACAGCCCUCCGCUCCCGCAGCCAAACAUCGGCAAACUGGUGGGGUCCGAUGACCUCACGCCGCCCCCUGUGAGCGCAGGUGGUGCCGUGGAGAACGGUUGUUCACUGAGUCCACCACACAGAGUGCAAAAUAAGGAGAUAAGUUCACCAGAGCACAACCAACUGGGUGGUUCAGACCCGGCGGUUGGGUCUCCUCAGGAGGAGAGAACCUCCGCAGCAGCAGGAGGAGGAGGAGGAGGUUCAACCGUCAGUCACACACACUUCAGCUUUGAGCUCGGACUGAGUGAAGCUCCAGCUGAGAAGGUUUCACCAAAUGUUGAACCGAGACGACGAGCAGGCGAAGGAGUCAAACAGGAGGACGGUGUCGGUGUUUCACAGGAGGAUCAUGGAGGAGGUUUCCUUAACGGAGGGAGAGAUGUUCAGACGGUAGAGGUAGAGGAGAAUGGUGUCACUCCACCUGGGGUCGAGAUGGAGAAGGAAAGGAGCUGCAGCUCAGGAGAGCAGAUAAACUCUCAAAGACUUCUGAAUGGUGCGGAGCAGGAGAGGAGCAGUGGUUCUAGGGAGGAGGAGACGGAGCAGAGACUGCAGGGGUUUUCGACUGCUCCUGUUCCCUCCAAGGAGGACUCUGUGACUGAGGAGAAAGAAAUGGAGGAGAGCAAACAGGAGAGCGGCGAUGGAGGUGCCGUGGGCUCGGGCAGCGUCCAACCAAAGCUCAACAACAGUCGUCUGCAGCCGGUCAGCGUUCCCUACGGAGGAGCGCGGCCGAAGCAGCCGGUCAGCCUCAAACUCCAGAUCCCGCAGCCUCUCUCUGGGCAGAUCCACAACCCUGUUGUCAGCAAAAACAAGAACCUGGAGAACCAGGGUCGGAGGCUCACGCCUACGUCUGAGACGAGUCCGAGUGAGGCCGACCAGACACUGGUCAGAGUGAACGGAGAUGGUUCGGUCCACUCUCCCACACUGUUGAGGUCGGAGAGCCCGGACAAUGACCUACAGGCGGGCAGGAGACCUCCCUGCUCCCUGGGGGAGGUGGCUCCUGUCUGGGUGCCUGACUCCCAGGCUCCUGUGUGUAUGAAAUGUGACGCCAAGUUCACGUUCACCAAGAGGAGGCACCACUGCAGAGCCUGCGGCAAGGUGUUCUGUGCCACAUGCUGCAGUCUGAAGUGCAGACUGGUCUACAUGGACAGGAAGGAGGCUCGGGUCUGUGUGACCUGUCACUCUGCUCUGACCAGUGCCCAGUCCUUGGACACGCCGGCUCCUCCCAGCCACCACAGUCCGAACCCCAACAACCCGGCGGAGUACUGCUCCACCAUCCCCCCUCUGCAGCAGGCCCAGGCGUCUGGAGUCCUCAGCUCCCCCCCUCCUACGGUCAUGGUGCCAGUGGGGGUCCUCAAACAGCCCGGCACUGAGGGUGAACUCAGUCUCCCGUGUUUAGCGUCCCUCACACGCGAACAGAGGAGGGUGUGGUUCGCCGACGGGGUCCUGCCCAACGGAGACGGGUCAGACGUGUCGCCUAAACCUCCGGCUCCCGGCCCCGCCUCCUCACAGUCGCUGGCCAUCUCUGCGAGUUCAAACAAGUCGUCCUCCUCUGGAUCCUCAGAGGCGGCCCACAACCCCGUGGCCCCGGUGGGCAGCCCCGUGGGCAGCUCCGUCAGUCUGAUCCCGGAGGACGGGCUCCCUCCCAUCCUUAUCUCCACCGGAGUCAAAGGAGGUACGGGAGGCCACAUCACAGAUUACGCCGUGGAGGAGAGGCCGUCAGAGAUCGUCCUCCUGCAGCAGCUGGAGGAGGGAGGCCCAGACCCGCUGGUGUUUGUCCUGAAUGCCAACCUGCUGGCCAUGGUCAAGCUGGUCAACUACGUCAACAGGAAGUGUUGGUACGUGACGACCAAAGGUAUGCACGCCGUGGGUCAGGCAGAGGUGGUCGUCCUGCUGCAGUGUCUCCCUGACGAGAAGACCAUACCCAAGGACAUCUUCACGCACUUUGUCCACCUCUACCAGGAGGCCCUCAGUGGAAACGUGCUGAGCCACCUGAGCCACUCCUUCUUCACACAGAGCUUCCUGGGCAGUAAGGAGCACGGGGGCUUCCUCUACAUCAGCCCCUCCUUCCAGUCACUGCAGGACCUCCUGCUGCCAAACCCACCGUACCUCUUUGGAAUCCUCAUCCAGAAGUGGGAGACGCCCUGGGCCAAGGUCUUCCCCAUCCGCCUCAUGCUGCGACUAGGGGCGGAGUACCGCUUUUAUCCGUGUCCGCUGUUCAGCGUCCGCUACAGGAAGCCACUCUUUGGAGAAACAGGUCACACCAUCAUGAACCUGCUGGCAGAUUUCCGUAACUACCAGUAUACACUACCGGUGGUGAAAGGUCUGGUCGUGGACAUGGAGGUGAGGAAGACGAGCAUCAAGAUUCCCAGCAAUCGAUACAAUGAGCUCAUGAAGGCCAUGAACAAGUCCAACGAACACGUGCUGGCCAUGGGGGCGUGCUUCAACGACAAGGCCGACUCCCACCUGGUGUGCGUCCAGAACGACGACGGCAACUACCAGACGCAGGCCAUCAGCAUCCACCACCAGCCUCGCAAAGUUACCGGAGCCUGCUUCUUUGUGUUCAGCGGUGCCUUGAAAGCCUCCUCGGGGUUCUUGGCCAAGACCAGCAUCGUGGAAGAUGGGGUGAUGAUCCAGAUCACAGCUGAGACCAUGGACUCUCUCCGUCAGGCCCUGAGGGACAUGAAGGACUUCACCAUCACCUGUGGUAAAGCAGACCAGGAGGAGAACCAGGAGUUGGUCCACGUCCAGUGGACAGAGGACGACCACAAUUUCAACAAAGGUGUCAUCAGUCCCAUCGAUGGGAAGUCCAUGGAGUCCAUCACCAGCGUCAAGAUCUUCCACGGCUCCGAGUUCAAAGCCAACGGCAAAGUCAUCCGCUGGACGGAGGUGUUCUUCCUCCAGAGUGAAGACCAGCCCAACGGUCUGAGUGACCCUGCUGAUCACAGCCGUCUGACGGAGAACGUGGCCAGAGCCUUCUGUGUGGCUCUGUGUCCACACCUGAAGCUGCUGAAGGAGGACGGCAUGGCCAAGCUGGGUCUGAGGGUCACGCUGGACUCUGACCAGGUGGGCUACCUGGCAGGAAGUAACGGCCAGCCUCUGCUGCCUCAGUACCUGAGUGACCUGGACAGCGCCCUGAUCCCCGUCAUCCACAGUGGAGCCUGUCAGCUGAGUGAGGGUCCGGUGGUCAUGGAGCUGGUCUUCUACAUCCUGGAGAUCAUCUCCUAGAAGGCACUCGUACGUCACGACAAGCUGGAACUUUUUAUUUUUAUUUCUAUCUCACAGCCUGGUGCUCCAUCUCUCCUCCUCCUCCUCCUUCUCCUCCAUCUUCUCCCUCCGACUUUGUUUGCACUUCACAACAGCCUGAAAGCUGUCGUGGUCCAGCUGUGGUAGCGCUUCUCCACUCAAACCUAUGCAUCCAACCACCAGAGGUCGCCACGUGCAUAUUUUAUACAGGUGGUCUGGUGGGUCUGGGUCUGUCCUCAAACACACGCCAAACACGUCACACUGUGGUAUUUAAAGGUUAGACAAGUGCCUCUGGUGGUAUACUGACGGUAUUACCGCGGGUUUGAAAGAAGAAGAGUUUGUUCAGAUCAGAUAUAUAUUUUAACAACGAGUGAAAAGGUUUAGAUCAGUAGUACAGAUUAUAUAUUUACAGACGAGGCUGCGUGGACGAGUAAGGUCAGAGGUCAAAGUGCAUUAACUGAUGUUGGUCUUAAAAAGUAGCAUCGACAGCAUCAGACAGUGAGGAAUAAUAAUAACUGCAUCAGGGAUUCAAACUAACGACUUAAUAAAAGUAGAAAAGAAAGGAAAACGACCGUGAACCAUUUUCUCAUUUAAAAUGAGAAAAUGGUUUGAAAAAAACACCACUGAUAAUGAAUACAAUUUAAACCAUGGCCUGGGAUUGGUCUGGGACCCAGUGGUUGGGAACCCUGUUCCGAGUCCGUAAGCGUUAAAAAGCAAUCGUAUUAGUGAAGCAAGAGUAUUAGUGAAGUAUUAACGUAAUAGAGUAUUUCAGGUCAGUUACUUCCUGUCUGUAGGUUGUCCUGAACCAGUGUGUGUGUGUGUGUGUGUGUGUGGACAGACCCACUGACCCGGCCCGGUGUGAUGUCAGGUUGGUCCACGCUUCAAUUCAAGGUCACGGUAUGACCUCAGUGUGUGACGUCAGCGUGUGACGUCAGUGUAGCACAAACGCUGCAGGAGGGAGACUUGAAGUCUUCAGGAAAUGCUACAAACCAUCAGCUGAGGGAUACAGCGCCCCUCUGUGGUGUGAUUUUUUUUUUUAUUAUUUCUCAUGGAUCUCAGUGCCUGCAGCCUCCGUCCAUCAGAAGGAGAAACAAAAACAGUCUCGGCUCCAGUCUCCAGCUUUACUCAUCCGUCACCAGAUGCUUUACUUCACGGACCCACGUGUCGAAGCCUUGUACAUAUUUUCUAGAGCGGAAAAAAAACCUUUUUUUCCAGCCGUAGCCUCCAGGAAAUUUCCUGAAACACGGUUCUGUCUGAGAAACGACCGGCGUCUGCUGUGAAACUUCACCGACCGACGUCAAGUCAGGAGGAAGUUCACAUUUUCCCUGAAGUGGACAAAUCCAAGGUUCUAAUGCUUUACUGUUAAAGUCCAACGACGUGUACAGACAAACACAACGACAACAGAGAGAAAACGGUUUUAAUCCUGGAUCUCAAAGACAUCACAGCUCCAGGAAAAGAAAAGAAACUCUCCAGAUAUUUUUAAUUCAGACAAAGAAACUGUUGAAGAUGUAAACUUGUACAAUUCUAUAUAAAUAUAUAUAAAUACACUAUAUAUUAUAAAAAAAAAAAAACAU